AUGCCAGAGUGUGCGCUAUGUGAGGCAGUGUGUAGACUGCGAAACCGGAAAGGAAGACCGUCGAUCCAAGGUGAAUCACAAGGAAGUUUUCAAGCAACCUACGCCUUCCAUAUUAUCGCUAUGGACCACAUCCUGUCGUUGUUUAAGUCGUACAUAGGUAACACGGAGUUGCUGAUCUGGGUGGAUCUCUUCACGGGAUUCGAGAUCGCUAAAGCCAGUUGCUCAAGGACUGCUCGGACUAUUGUGGAAAGCUACGAAGAGUGUGUGUUUUGUGGAUUUGGCGUCCGUGAGGCGAUCAGACAUGACCGAGAACCUGGCUUCAUGUCCGACUUCUUCAGAUCGUUCAACAAGAUCGUUGGAUAA